CAGAAACCCUUGAAUCGUGGGAGAAUAUACGAGGUUGAUGCGAUACGAUAAAGGAAGGCUGAGAAAUGUCUGGGCUGGGAGUAGUUUACCAAGCGAAUAAUAUGGCAGCAUUUGGGAUGGUGUGUGCAUUUUCAUGACCGGUUACAUUGAUUUCGUUUAAAUAAAAUGCCUCUCUACCAUUGGGCUUCAUUUUUCUAUUGUUAACGUUUUUAUGGGUUGUAGCCUCACGCGCCUGCGCCCAGUUCCAAUAAUCUUAUCGUGGAAAUGGUGAAUCAGGAUUUAUGAAUAUCUAUUUUGCAAUUUUCGCCUUCAUGGCACCUGUUGUUAUUGUUAUGAUAACGGUAGGGGUAUCAUGUGUAAUUCACCGAAGGAGGCACAGUCGGAUUGAACGCUCAAUUCUUCAAUGAUGGACGCUCUGUCUAACGUGAAGAGCAUGGAGUGCGAGCUGCAUUGCCCAGUGUGUAAGGAGAUCGUCAAGCAGCCCGUGGUCCUGCCAUGUCAGCACAGCGUCUGCCUGAUGUGUGCCUCAGAGGUCCUGGUUCAAAAUGGCUACCCUCCUCCGGAGCUGCCACCCGAGCCCAACUCUCCUGCCUCCACCCCCAACACCCGCUCUCCCCGCCAGGCACGCAGGCCCAUGCCCAGCAAGGCCGACCAUCGACCCAUCGACCGCGUGCUACGUUCAGGAUUUGGGACGUAUCCGUCGCCGGGGCGACGGCGUAAGGAACCGCCCCCCGCGAUGUUGUUUCCGUGCCCGCCCUGUGGGAGAGAGGUAGAGCUGGGAGAGAAGGGCCUGACUGACUGCCUGCGUAACCUCACCUUGGAGCGCAUUGUAGAGAGGUACAGACACACAGUGAGCCUGGGCAGUGUGGCUGUGAUGUGUCAGUUCUGCAAGCCUCCCCAGUCCCUGGAGGCCACUAAGGGCUGCGCCGACUGCCAAGCCAGCUUCUGUAACGAGUGUUUCAAGCUCUACCACCCCUGGGGGACUCCUCGCGCCCAGCAUGAACACAUCCAGCCCACCCUCAACUUCAGGCCCAAGGUUCUGUCGUGUCCGGAGCAUGACCAGGAGCGUCUGCACUUCUACUGUAGGACGUGCCAGCGGCUGCUGUGCCCGCUCUGCAAGCUGCGCCGAGUCCACGCCGGGCACAAGGUGGCGCCAGUCGCCCAGGCAUACCAGACACUCAAGGACAAGAUUACCAAGGAGAUGAACUACAUUCUGUCCAACCAGGAGACAGUGCUGGGCCAGAUCUCACAGCUGGAGAGUGCCACCACUCAGACAGAGGCGAACAGCGUAGCGGCACGGGAGCAGCUGUCUCAGAGCGUGAGAGACCUGACCGCCCUCCUCGCUGAGCGCCACGCCUCAUUGUCUCAGGCCCUGGAGGGGGCACGGCAGAGGCGGAGCGAGGCGUUGGCGGGCCAGGUGGCGGAGAGGCGGAGCCUGCUAGAGCAUGCAGGCCUCAUGGCGUUCUCCCAAGAGCUGCUGAAGGAGACGGACCCGCCCUGCUUCGUCCAGGCAGCGCGCCAGACACACAGCAGGUUAUCCACGUCCAUCGAGGGGCUGCAGUGUUUCUCUCUGGCUGCUGAUCCCUCCUUCAGACACUUCCAGCUGGACGUCUCCAAAGAGCUCAAACUCCUCACAAACCUGCAGUUCAUCCAGGCCCCUCUGGCCCCUGUUAUUGACACCCAAAAGACCCUGGCCUAUGACCAGCUCUUCCUGUGUUGGCGGCUGCCUCAGGAAUCCGCCCCCGCCUGGCACUUCUCUGUGGAGUUUCGUCGUCGGGGGGUGGUGCCAGGAGGCGGAGCCAGGGGUGGAAUCCAAGGGCGAUUGGCUGCGGCCCGCUGGGGCUGGCAGCGGCUGGAGGAGGUGGGCGGAACCAGUGCUGUGAUUGACAGGUUGGAGAUGGACAGUGUGUAUGUGUUGAGGGUGAGAGGCUGCAACAAGGCAGGCUUCGGGGAGUACAGUGAGGAGGUGUACCUACACACCCCGCCAGCACCAGCUCUCAUUCCACUCCUCGGUCCACUCUCUCAAUCCACAUCUCUCCCUCUGCCUGUUAAAUUGUUAAAUUUCUACCUGGACUCUCGCUGGGGUCUCCAUGCCGACCGGCUGGUGGUGAGUAAGGAGCAGCGCUGUGCCCGGAGUGUUCCCGGCCUGUCCCUGAUGCAGGCCGCCGACAGAGCGCUCACUUCCUGUCACCUGACUGCAGACCUCCUGGUAGGCGACGUGGCCAUCACCCAGGGCAGGCACUACUGGGCAUGCUCAGUGGAGCCCGGCUCCUAUCUGGUCAAAGUGGGAGUGGGCCUAGAGGCCAAACUACAGGAGUGGUUUCACCUUCCGCAAGACAUGGCCAGUCCCCGUUAUGACCCAGACAGUGGCCAUGACAGUGGGGCAGAGGAUUCCCUGGAAUCCCCUCCCCCCUUCUCUUUCCUCACCAUGGGCAUGGGCAAGAUCUUCCUGCCCCAGGCUCCCAACCAUCAUAACAACCAUGGUUGCAAUGGCACCAACCCCCGCCGCAACCCCACCAUCGCCAACGGCAACAGCCCUGCCUCCUCGCCUACGGGCCUCACCUACCCCCUGCCUCCCAGGCUUGGGGUGUGCCUUGACUUUGAGAAGGGUCGCGUCACUUUCUACGAUGCCCACUCGCUCCGUCCUCUAUGGGAAGGGCCUGUCGAUUGCUCCGGCCCUGUUUGCCCGGCUUUCUUUUUUAUUGGCGGAGGGGCACUACAGUUACAGGAGUUGGUGGCCAAUCGGAUGGCAGACCAGACUCCAGUCAGGAGGGUCACCAUCCAAUCACAUGUCACUAAUCUGAAUAACUAGGCUGCGAUUCAAUUUGAAACCAUGGUGUAGCACGCGCUUGACAUUUUAAAGGUAAUUUCCAAUUGAGCCGACCUCUACAGCGUUUACCCUGAAUGUGAUCUCUGCAAACGCAGUAACAUUGCCUUUUAAACGGCGCAUUGAAUCUCAGCCUUAAUCUUAGGUGAUUGAUUGGACAUAGAAUGUAAAGUUAAUUGUAAGCUAUUUACUUGGCCAGAGCAAAAAGUUAGUAACCUCAUUUUUUUUUUUUAUCUCAAAAUCUCUAGAUUUUAUUGCAACCGAUAUGCAAAUGUAUUUAACUUUCUUACAUACUUUUUGGUUUACACAUUUUAUUUUGCCAGAAAUGCUAAAUUGCUUAAGUAGGGGCUGGCAAAUUACACACACAGCAAUUAUGUAAUGUCUCCUAUCUUUGACGCUUGCUCUAUUAACCAAUUAACCACGCUAUACUGUAUAUAUUUACGGUAUAUAUGUAUAUAUGCAAGAACAUAUAUUUAUUUUAGAAAAACUGUUUCUCAAGUCAUGUUCUGUCUGUGUGUUCAUCUAUGUCCAGGGUAUUCAAAUCUUACCCUACGAGGUCCGGACUACUGCUGGUUUUCCGUUUUACCUGAUAAUUAAUUGCACCUACCUGGUCUCCCAUGUGGAAAUGACUUCGAGAUCCAGAAAUGAAUUGGAGGUUCUUAGUUUUCUGAUCAUGUAACAAUUCCCCCCUUCACUGUACUAAAACUAUUUACACAUCUACUGUACGUCAAUGGAAAACAAGUCCUGACUGUUAGUGAAAUCUUCCCACUCACUCCAUCACAACCCCAACUAAAGGGAUUUAUCUGGUCUAAAUACUGUUGUCAUUGAGUAGACAGUAGAUUGAGUUAGGAGGAUAACAUGUCAUGAGGAAAUACUGAAAUUGGGAACUGAAUGAUACAUCUUCAGCUUCAGCCACCUUUAUCACUUGAUUAAUGUGUUUGUGCAUUGGUUGUUUUUCCAACGUUUAACUGUGUGUGUGUGUGUGUGUGUGUGUGUGUGUGUGUGUGUGUAGGAAUGAGACUGCAGUUAAAAUCAUUCACGUCUGAUAAUCAUAUUGACCACCAUUUGCUGAUUAUAACUGUGUCUUUUAGGGAAUAUUUUGUAUUAUUUUAAAGUGUGCUUGAUUGUAAGUUAUGAACAGUACUUAUGAAUGAUAAGCUUUCUAGAAGAGUAGGUUGUUUCCAAAAUGACACCCUAUUCCAUAUAUACUACUUUUUGACAAGGCCCAAAGCUUGGUCAAAAGUAGUGCACUAUUUAGGGAAUAGGGUGCCAUUUGGGACGCAGUCAAAUGUAGACUUCACCUGCUGGCAGAAUGUUUGUAAAAAAUACAUUUAAAAAACAGACAAACAAUUUACGCUAAAUAAAGACAAAU